AUGUCCCAGAUAGAUCAGCUCGAGAAUCGAGAUCUUGCUGAAGAAAUUGAGGCCAUCAAUGCGAUAUAUGAAUUGGAUACCAUCACUAUAGACCAAACAGCGCCCUCCACCGGAAACAGUACUCUCGACCUAGGAAACUCCAUAUCCUCCGAUGACCAUGUACAUACAACGGUGAUUCUCCAAAUUCCAGACCAGCCACACCUUUCCUUCCGCCUUGGAUUUGGCACUACAUAUCCAGAAUCACGACCCACGGUAUUAGGGACUGCAUCGACUGCCGCGCGUGGGGAGGGGAAGAUCGCAGUGGAUGUACUGGAAGACAUUGUACAACGAGCCUGGCAGCCUGGCACUGUAUGUCUGUUCGAUGUGAUAAGCGAAGCGGCAGAGAUAUUCCCAGAGUUGAAUAUCGGCGGAAACAAAGACAUCGAAGCAUCGAGUUCAACUACCACUAAAUCUUCAAAUAAAUUAUCAGGCGGAGAUGAAUCGACGGCUGUCGAUACGACUGAAAGCUUUGAAGCACUUUCAUUACAAGAUGCCUUUGGGCUUGACAGCCCCCCUGUUUGGAUUAUUUCAGACGUUUCGACGGAAAAGAAAUCUGUAUUUGUGGGCCGAGCAGUGCGAGUGACAAGUCUAGUGCAGGCGCAGGCUUUCCUGGAUCACUUGAUUGCUACGGACAAGAAAGUUUCAGUGGCAUCACACAAUAUCAGUGCAUGGCGCAUCAAGCAGAAGAAAGAAGGACGGACAUCUGAAAGUGGCAAUGGUGACGCUGCGGAGACACAGAUCCAAGACUAUGACGAUGAUGGUGAAACAGCUGCUGGAGCCCGUUUAUUGCAUGUUAUGCAGCUAAUGGAUGUGUGGAAUGUGCUGGUUGUGGUCUCAAGAUGGUAUGGUGGGAUCCACCUUGGACCAGCACGGUUUCGACUGAUUAACGAUGUCGGUCGCGAUGCGUUGGUGAAGGGUGGGUUUACCCAGGAACAUAAUGCUACUGAAAAGGGUAAGAAAAAGGGAAAGAAGUGA